AUGCCCGCGCCCGCCAAUGGCUCGCUCAAUAGCGAGUCCACCCCGUUGUUAGGCCGCCCGCACGUCGACGAGCCGCGGUGGAAAUCCUUCCCAAAGCACGUCGCCAACGUAACGUGGAAGACGCUGUCCAGCAACUAUGUCAACGUCCUGCUCGUCUUCGUGCCCAUCGGCAUCAUCGCCGGCGCCCUGGGAUGGAGUCCGACCGCCGUCUUCGUUCUCAACUUCAUCGCCAUCAUGCCGCUCGCUGGACUCUUGAGCUUCGCGACCGAGGAGCUGGCUGCGAAGCUGGGGCAGACACUCGGUGGACUGAUGAAUGCGACGUUUGGAAAUGCCGUGGAACUCAUCGUCUCUAUAGUCGCGCUCAAGGAAGGCCAGAUUCGCAUUGUCCAGGCCAGUAUGCUCGGUAGCAUUCUGUCCAACAUGCUUCUCGUCCUCGGAUGCUGCUUCCUUGCUGGCGGCCUGCGCGCACAGGAGCGUGAGUUCAACUCGACCGUCGCAUCGACCAUGUCUUCCCUGAUGGCCGUCUCCUCCGCAUCGCUCAUCAUACCGGCAACCCUAUACGCCGCUAUACAGGACAACAAGGAGGUCGAGACGGACAAGAGCGUCGAACUUCUGUCGCGCGGGACCUCCAUUAUUCUGCUACUCCUCUACAUUCUCUACCUCUACUUCCAACUCAAAUCCCACCAUGCCCUCUUUGCCGACGUCGAAAACCAGAACGGCGAGGAUGAAGAACAGGAAGAGGGCCAGACCCUCACCCCCAUCGCAGGAGGCGUCGUGCUCGUCGUAGUCACCGUCAUGGUCGCUGUCUGCGCCGAAUACCUCGUCGAUUCCAUCGACGCCAUCGUCGAAUCCGCACACAUAAGCCGCACCUUCAUCGGUCUGAUCCUGAUCCCCAUUGUCGGAAACGCCGCCGAGCACGUCACCGCCGUGGUGGUCGCAUACAAGGGCAAAAUGGACCUGGCCAUCAACGUCGCAAUCGGCAGCUCCAUGCAGAUCGCACUCUUCGUCACCCCCUUCCUCGUCAUUCUCGGCUGGAUUAUGCACCAGCCAAUGACGCUGCAGUUCCAGGGCUUCGAGACUAUGGUCUUCUUCCUCAGCGUUUUGAUCGUGAAUUAUCUAAUCCAGGACGGAAAGAGCAAUUAUUUGGAGGGCGCCAUGUGUCUUGGAACAUAUGCUAUUAUUGCCCUCGCUUUCUACGUGUACCCGGACAACGCAAGCGGAAAUCUCACGGGCAAUUUCAUCAGGAAUUUCUUCAGGGCUCAUUGA